AUAAGGCCUCCCUUCCUCUGCAUCCAACCCAUCUCUCUUGCCCUUACCAUCACCUCAAGGAACAAUAGCGCACACAUAUUCAUUUACACUAGAAGAGACAUUCACACACCCACAGACAGCAAGUGAGAGAGAGAGAGAGCAAACACAAAGAUGAACAUCCUCCACUCCACGCUCUCCACCUGGCGCGACCGCCUGGCCCCGGUCUCCCGCACCUCGACCUUCCGCAACACCGGCCAAAUCACCCCCGAGGAGUUCGUGCUGGCCGGCGACUACCUCGUCUACAAGUUCCCGUCGUGGUCCUGGGGCGACGCAUCCUCGCCUGCCAAGCGCGUGUCGUACCUCCCCGCCGGGAAGCAGUUCCUGGUGACGCGCGGGGUGCCGUGCCACCGACGGCUGAAUGAUGAUUUCGCGGGGGACGCGGGCCACGACGAUGAGAUCGUGCGGGACAUGUUGUCGGGGGGCACGGGCGGUGCGGGGGACGAUGAUGACGAUGGGUGGUUGAGGACGGGCGGCGGAGGGGAUGCUGCGCAUCGGGAUCGGAUCCGCGAUGUCCGGACCGUCGACGAAGCAGGGAACAUGGGCGAGAAGGAAGAAGAAGAGGAAGAGGAGAUUCCCGACAUGGAGGAUGAAGAUGACGAUGAGGAGGCGAUUAUUCGUGAGCCCAUGGGAGGGCCUGGAACGACGCAACCAACUCGCACCUACAACCUCUACAUCACGUACUCCAACUUCUACCGGACCCCUCGACUCUACCUCUCCGGCUACCUGUCUCCCUCGCAACCUCUUUCCCCGCCGCUCAUGAUGGAAGACAUCGUCGGCGACUACAAAGACAAGACCGUGACGCUGGAAGACUUCCCGUGGCUGGAGGGCAGCCCUAAGAUGGCAUCCGUGCACCCAUGCCGUCACGCCUCCGUCAUGAAGACUCUCCUCGACCGCGCCGACGCGGCGCUCAAGAUCCGCUGCGAGAAGCUAAAGCAGGCGCAGGCGAACCCGAAUGCCUCCCCCGCCGUGGGAAGGGGACUCGAAGGGUUGGUGGACGACGUCAAGGGCCUGUCCCUGGCGGAGCAGCAACAGCAACAACCGCAGAGCGGCGCCGGCGGCGACGAAUGGGAAGUGCUGCAGCACGACGAGGAAGACCAGGUGGCUAUCCGGGUGGAUCAGUAUCUGGUUGUUUUCCUGAAGUUCAUUGCUAGUGUGACGCCGGGUAUUGAGCAUGAUUAUACCAUGGGUGUAUAAUUUGUUUUCCUCACCUCUUUGAUCCGAUUGUGCCUUUUCAUCUCGUUUUAUUCAUUUGUUUCCAGGCGCAAGGGAUAUUAGGCAGGUUCUUUUUUUUUUUCUUUAUGAUAGCAUGACAUGACAUGAUGUUACAUUUG